AUAUGCUUAAGGGCUAUUUUAGCUUGCAACUAUAUUUCUACCAACUAAUACUCAUUUACUUGACUCAUAUAAUCCACUCUAACCCUCUCACUAAGUUUGCCUAAGCUGUGGGUAUACCCAAGUCCUCAUCACUUGGUUAUUUGUUGCUUAUCUAAUGGUUUGAGUCCUUCAGUCUCUAGACAAAGAAGGAAGGAAGGAAAGGAGCCAUUUAGAGCCAAGAGCCAAAGUCAUGUGAUGUGUUAUUCCUGCAUAUAAUACAUAUUAAUUUUGGUUUCAAUUUUGCGGUGUUUGAAUGGGGAUAGAGAUCUUCCCCCAACUUUUAUAAAUAGGGAGCUAGCUUUGCUAUUGAUCCUGAUUUUGAUUCAAUUGAUUCUUGAUUAUCAUCAUGGUUUCUGCAAUGUCUGAAGAAAGGAAAGAGAGGAUAAACCGAUACAAUAAACAAUUGUGGCAAGCUGGGUUCACCGGAUGUCUAAAGGGAACAUUGGUAGCUUUAGUAUCAGGAUAUUAUAUUAAUUAUAAAUAUAAUUAUGGUCAUAAUGUUAAAUUCUUUAAAACUCCUUAUAAGAUCUGGUAUUUGAUAAGUUGGAAUGUAGUGGGGAUAAUCUUCACUACUGAUAUAGCUAAGAUUAAAAUCAGUAAACAGAUUGCAAUUGAAGAUGAAAUUAAACGGAAUCUUUAUCUAGAGGAUGAAUUUAAUAAAUUGUACAAUAAAUCAGAUAAGAAUUGAAUCUAUGAAUGCAAGAAUAUGUAUUUUGUCAUAAACAUAUAUAUAUAACCUAAGAAUAGAAAGCUUCUUCAUGAAAUUUCAACCCAUUUUCAUUAGCCCAUAAUUUAACAUUUUCAACUAAUGGUUUAGGACCAGCAGAUAUAACCCAAAUAUUCUCAGCAUUGAUAUCUUCUUGUUUUACUUUAUUUUGGGGUAAAUCACGACAACACACUAUAUUAUUAUUAUGAUCAUGUUGAGGUCCAAUACAUUGAGUGAAUCCUUCAUUAAUACACCAAUUAUAAUAUUUAUAAUUCAAUUUAGGCCUGCCCUUGAA